AUGCGCGUUUUCGUGAUUGUCUCGUUGCUGCUCAUCGCCGCUGCUUAUGCGGCCGUUAUUAGCAAGAAGGCCGUCGGUGUUAAGGGCACACUGCUUUGCGGCAAGCAGCCGGCUGAAAAUGUGCGUGUUCGAUUGUUCCGCGUGAAGCCCGGAAAGAAGGGAGAUGAUGUCGCCCAAAUGCUCGAUGAGAAGUUCACUGGACCACAAGGAAUGUUCCACGUCGAAGGCAACACCAACGGAUUCCCGCUGAAUGAAACCGAUUUGGAGCCGGUUGUCUCAUUCUACCAUCAUUGCGACGACGAUCCGAAAAAGCUUGAAAAGACCGCUUUCCGCCGCUUCAACUACAACGUGCCAACCACGUUCGUCAAUCAAGGCGAGAAGGCAAAGAAGGCCUACGAUCUCGGCACCGUCAACAUUCAACUCGAAUUUCCCGGCGAGAAGCGCGAGAAAAAAAUCGCCGAGGCUCCUACAUUCUAG